AUGUCGAGUAUUUCAGCUUCUAAGGUGGGUGGUAUUAAAUUAUUGCAGAAUUUCAAAGGUGUGGCAGGUGUUGGAGAUUCGAUCAAAUUUUGGUUAGACCCGUGGGCCUGUUACGAUCCGUUAAAGGAUCGGUUCCCAGCUCUCUUCAGGCUGGAAUCAGACAAGCGGUGUCUUAUUGCUGAUCGCUUCGACAGUUCUAUUUCAGCGUUCUCUGGGAAGUGGGGCUGGUCUCGUGUUCCGUAUUCAGAGGAUGAAAGGAGAGAGUGGAACUCGUUUAUCGAGCUUCUGGAUUCGGUUAAGCUGGCGGGGACCGGUGAUAGAUGGGUAUGGAUCGGUGGAAACGAAAAAGAGUUCUCGGUUAGAGCGGUUAAAAGUUUUCUCAGGAGCGCGACUGAUUUCAGCAACAAUUUUGUCUUUGAAUGGUCGAAGUGGGUCCCGAAAAAGGUGAAUAUCCUGGUGUGGAGAGCGCAAAUGGGUAGGAUCGCCACGUUGGACGCUCUCUCCAAACGUAAUUGUUUUAAUGGGGACGAAAGGUGUAUCUUGUGCAACGACGGGCUUGAAUCUGCUGACCACCUAUUUCGUUCGUGUAGUGUUGCCUCAGAGGUUUGGUAUCUUAUUAGUCGAUGGUGUAAUAUCAGUCCGAUCUUCGCCUUCUCGUUAGAAGAUUUACUUGAAGUUCAUGUUUUCUCUGGUUUGGGGAUCAAAGCUAAGAUUGCCCUGAAGGGCAUCAUUAUGGUAGGUUGGUGGUGCAUUUGGAUAGCUAGAAAUAACAGAAGAUUCUCUAAUAAAACGUGUUCGGCCUCUAGUAUUGUCCAGGACAUCAAAUCGCUUGGUUUUCUAUGGUAUAGUAAUAGAUCUAGAUGUAGAGAUAUCAGUUGGAGAGAUUGGCUGUCGUUUUCUUUUUUGUAA